AUGGCAAAGGAAGCGGAGAAAACGGGACCCCUGUGCCAUUAUGCGGUGACCAGCCUGGCGAAGAACAACUUCAGGGUGGUCACCGUAACCAUGUACAAUCCGCAUGUGAAAGAUGAAGAGUCUGACGUUGAUGUUCACACAGGAGAGAGACUUGACUAUCGUGGAUCUUCUGGGGAGCCUCAACAACAUCAUGAUGCUGACAACGCAGAGAAGAGUCUCUCCAGAUCAGAACACCUCAAGGAACACCAGCGGAAACCUACGGGGAAGAAACCUCACUGCUGCUCUGACUGUGGGAAGAGUUACUCAAGAUCUGAUUCACUAAAAGUACACCAGAGAAUUCACACAGGAGAGAAAUCUUACAACUGUGAUCAAUGUGGAAAGAGAUGCUCUUCUUUAUCAGAACUUACAAUACACCAGAGAAUCCAUACAGGAGAGAAACCUUAUAGCUGCUCUCAGUGUGGAAUGAGUUUCUCUCGAUCAUAUUCAUUGAAAUCACACCUAAGAAUUCACACAGGAGAGAAACCAUAUGGCUGUGAUCAAUGUGGGAAAAGUUUUGCUACCUCAGCUAACCUGACUGCACACAAGAGAAUACACACAGGACAGAAGCCUUACCACUGCUCUGACUGCGGAAUGAGCUUUAUCACUUCAAGGGAACUACUCCUACACCAGAGAACACACACAGGAGAGCAACCUUAUAGCUGUGAUCAAUGUGGGAAGAGUUUUACUCAGUCAAACAACCUGAUAUCACACCAGAGAACACACACAGGACAGAAGCCCUAUACCUGUGAUCGGUGUGGGAAAAGCUUUACUCAGUCAGGUCACCUGAAAUCACACCAGAGAACCCACACAGGAGAGAAGCCUUAUAGCUGUGAUCAGUGUGGGAAGAGAUAUUCUGAUUUAAGAGAUCUGAAUAAACAUAAUAACAUACAUCCAGAUUGUGGAAUGACUGCCAACACCAGUCCUGGGUAGUAGAACACAGAUUGUGGAAUGACCUCCAACACCAGACCUGGGUAGUAGAACACUGCAUCGUGAGGUUUUUAUAUAGUACUUGCGCAGAGCAUUCUAUAUUGGACAUUUAGAAAAAAGUGUGUUUGUGUUGGAGGGGUUGUUAUUCACACUCAUUAUCUUUCCUGAUUGAAGUCAACUUUAUUUUAAUCUUUAGUUUUUCCUCACCACAUGGAAUGAAUGUCAGAAUCCUCUCAAAUUACACUCCCUAGUGUCUUUUGGUCACUUCAGGGAUUUGGUGAGAUACCUGGACACAGGGGAAUGGACGUGUUUCUCAGAACUUCUGAUGACAAAUAUAACUGUCUUGAUGAGUUGGUGAAUUCGGAUAUUCUGGUUGAUUGCGGCUAGUUUCCUGUUUGUUUCUUUGUAUUUAUCAUGCCCCCCCUUCAGUUAAUUGAACCUAGUUUAUGAUCAAAUGAUUGAAGCUACAUGACAGACCCAUUACAGUACAUCCCAUCCAUCCUCCCCAGACUAAGAUAUUUUACCAGACGUUAUAGUAUGCCUGCCAACGGGUCCUGGUCGGAGGACGCUACGUGUUGGUGGUAUGCCCUGGUCGGAGGACGCUACAUGUUGGGGGUAUGCCCUGGUCAAGGAUACCGUUCAUACAUAAAUAAAUAAAUUUCAUAAAUACAGUUGAAAAAUAAAUAGUUAAUAAACAGUUGAUACAGUGCCUUUGGAAAGUAUUCAGACCCCUUGAAUUUUUUCACAUUUUGUUACUUACAGCCUCAUUCUAAAAUGGAUUAAAUGAUGUUGCUUUAGUCAAAUCCUUCUACUCAGCACACAUAGUGGACUGGUGUGUGUAUGUGCUUGUAAUUGGUUUGUAAACUUUAAAUGUUUCAAAUUAUCACUUUGAAUUUGCUUUAUUCAAUGUAUGUUUCCCUCUAUGUACGUUUCAUAUAAUGUUAUAUAAAUUCAUUAAAUGAAAACUGGUUGAAAGUGAGACUUUUUUCCCUGAACUGCAUUACCCACUCCAGUCAGCAGAUGGCGAUGUGCAUUUUUCAGGCAAUGCUGCCUGAGUGUGACGUAUGAUCUAGUGGACGGGACGCUUCUUCAACAGUAACAGCUAAUCGGCCACCUCAGUAGAACCGAGGUAAAGACAGUUUCAGGUUGGAUAUUUGAUGGAUAUUCGCCUUUAGUUUUCCUGACGUCCACCAACUGCAGUUAGGGACUGACAACAUAGUGACAAAUAAA